AAUUUAAGCUUGUUUCCAUGCUAUGGGUUUAAAAUGCCAAACCACGGUCGGUGUUGUAUGUUAUUUAAAUGCAUCUUCUCUGUGUUAUAAAUACCUAGCGACAAUUUAGUUUAUUGACAUCUGUGUAACAAUCCACGUGACGGAUCGUGGUCGGAGGUGAUUUGAUUACCCAAAUAUGUAACAGAGAUUGGAGAGAUCUGAAUGUAGCCAUGCAGUUGAAUACAAGCAAGGUUUGUGUGGGGUAAAUAUAAUGUUAAACAGGUUUUGCCUGCGUCCGCUGAAGGCAUCAGAUUUAUUUAUUGUUAUUAACAAUGACUAAUAAAGCAAACAAAAACCUGAAACAGCCAGUAAAAAACAGAAGUCACAUUAAGUGCUGACAUGAGUUAAAUCCAUUCCUGUUUGCUCCCAUCUGCUUGUGUGGGUGGUUCCUAUAAGCAAGCACACGUUUUUUUUUUUUUUUUCUUUCUUUCUUUUUUUUUCUCUUGCCGCUGUUGCUGAAUAACCAGCCUGUCACUUGCCUUGGAACAUCAUGUCUGCCGCUAAUACAUGCCUGCUUUCAACACGCUGCCAUCCGGAAGAUCUGUGUGAAAAACAAAAUCACAAGACCUGAAAAGAUCUCUGCUUGUCGGUCCUAGAAGGAAUGUUCACGCUUUCGGAGGUUGCCUCGCUUAAUGACAUACAGCCCACAUACCGUAUUCUGAAACCAUGGUGGGACGUAUUUAUGGAUUACUUGGCUGUUGUCAUGUUAAUGGUUGCCAUCUUUGCUGGCACCAUGCAGCUGACCAAAGAUCAGGUUGUUUGUCUGCCGGUGUUAGAAUCUGCUAUAAGUUCAAGAAUUUCAACUACCCAAUCAAGUGAAAACAAUCAACUGCCAAAAUAUGACGAGGCUCCCACUGAGCCAAAUGAAAUACAACAAAUAACAUCUCCUUAUGUUACACCAGAGCUUCCUGAGAUACCUUUAAUACGACCAACUGGCUCUCCUAUGAAUCCAAGUGAACCUUCAGGACGGCGAUUAAAAAAUGAAAUUAAAGAUUCAGGUGGCAAAAAAACAAAUCUUGAUUAUCAGCAGUAUAUCUUCGUCAACCAAAUGUGCUACCAUGUGGCACUUCCAUGGUACUCUAAGUAUUUUCCGUAUCUUGCCCUUAUCCAUACCAUUAUUUUAAUGGUUAGCAGUAAUUUCUGGUUUAAGUAUCCAAAAACGUGCUCAAAAAUUGAACAUUUUGUGUCAAUACUAGGGAAGUGCUUUGAGUCUCCUUGGACAACCAAAGCGCUGUCUGAAACUGCAUGUGAAGACUCAGAAGAGAACAAGCAGAGAUUAACUGGUGCACAAUCUCUCCGAAAACAUCUCUCUAAUAGCAGUGAGGAUGGUAGUCCUAGUACUCCAAUGAUCAGUAAAUCCGGGCCAAAGUUUUCAGCAGACAAACCUGUUGUGGAGGUUCCUGGCAUGACCAUUCUUGACAAGAAGGAUGGAGAACAGGCCAAAGCCCUUUUUGAAAAGGUCCGAAAAUUCCGCACCCAUGUAGAAGAUAGCGACUUGAUCUAUAACCUGUAUGUUGUCCAAACUGUUAUAAAAACUGUAAAGUUUAUGUUCAUCCUGGGCUACACUUUAACAUUUGUAACAGCAAUAAGCUUCAAACAUGUCUGCAACCCUAACGUUGAACAUCUUAUAGGCUACCAGGAAUUUGAGUGUACUCACAAUAUGGCAUUUAUGUUGAAGAAACUUCUCAUCAGCUACAUUGCUCUUAUUUGCGUUUAUGGCCUUGUCUGCCUAUAUACUCUGUUUUGGCUUUUUAGGAGGCCACUAAAAGAAUAUUCUUUUGAAAAGGUGAGAGAAGAGAGCAGCUUUAGCGAUAUUCCUGAUGUCAAAAAUGACUUUGCAUUCCUUUUACACAUGGUAGAUCAGUACGAUCAGCUAUACUCCAAACGUUUUGGUGUCUUCUUGUCAGAGGUCAGUGAAAACAAAUUGCGGGAAAUUAGUUUAAAUCACGAAUGGACAUUUGAAAAACUCAGACAGCAUGUUUCUCGCAAUGCUCAGGAUAAACAAGAACUUCAUCUUUUCAUGCUCUCUGGAGUUCCGGACGCUGUAUUUGAACUGACAGAUUUAGAAGUCUUAAAACUUGAGCUCAUCCCAGAGGCUAAACUCCCAGCAAAAAUUUCUCAGAUGACCGCUCUUCAGGAGCUCCACCUCUACCACUGUCCAGCAAAGGUCGAACAGACGGCAUUUAGCUUUCUCAGAGAUAACUUAAAGUGCCUUCACGUGAAAUUCACCGAUGUAGCCGAAAUUCCUGCUUGGGUCUACUUGUUAAAAAACCUACGCGAGUUGUACUUGAUGGGGAAUCUAAACUCUGAAAACAAUAAAAUGAUCGGACUUGAAUCUUUAAGAGAACUACGGCACUUAAAAAUGCUCUAUGUGAAGAGCAAUCUGACCAAAAUGCCAUCCAACAUUACAGACGUUGCUCCACAUCUAACAAAACUAAUCAUUCAUAAUGAUGGCACCAGACUUGUUGUUCUAAACAGCCUUAAGAAAAUGAUGAAUAUCGCAGAGUUGGAGCUGUACAAUUGUGAAUUGGAAAGGAUCCCUCAUGCCAUAUUCAGCCUCACCAAUUUACAAGAGCUGGAUCUGAAAGCAAACAGCAUACGAACAAUAGAAGAAGUCAUCAGUUUCCAACACUUAAAAAGACUGACUUGUUUAAAAUUGUGGCACAAUAAAAUUGUGAACAUUCCUCAAUCCAUCUCCCAGGUUAAAAACCUAGAGUCCCUGUACUUAUCCAACAACAAACUUGAAGCACUCCCUGCGCCACUUUUCAAUCUGCAGAAGCUCAGAUAUCUAGAUGUCAGCUAUAAUUGCAUCUCCUCGAUCCCUCUCGAAAUUGGAUUGCUCCAAAACCUUCAGCACUUGUACGUCACUGGGAAUAAAGUGGAUAUGUUGCCAAAAACUUUGUUCAAGUGCGUCAAAUUAAGAACUUUGUGCUUGGGGCAAAACUGUAUAACGUUCUUGCCAGAGAAGAUUGGACAUCUACUCCAGCUCACCCAUCUGGAGUUAAAGGGAAAUUGCUUAGACCGCCUGCCCUCCCAAAUCAUUCAGUGUCGCCUUCUUAAAAAAAGCGGACUUGUUGUGGAGGAUCACUUGUUUGAUGCGUUACCUUCUGAAGCAAAAGAGGCAUUGAAUCAAGACAUCAGCUCCCCCUUUGCCAAUGGAAUAUAGAUGGGUCAAAUGUUGGGAAUACAAUAAAAUCAGCCAUUUUACUUUUGGUAUGCAAUGCAUUAGGGAAGGUAUCCUAAACCUGUUCAAAGUGCACUAUUUCUUUUUCUUCUGCCUCUGUCCAGUGGAGAGAUCAGUCUUUACGGGGGGAGGGGGGGUGUAUUCUUUCUUAUCCUCCACCCAUCUUUUCCAUUUUUAAUACUCAAAUACUAAAAUGUCCCUCAUUCUACAAACAAAAAGUAAAGAAAA